AUGAAACCUCCAUCAAGCAUGUCACGUUUAAAUAAACCGCUUGCGCAAGAAGCUACUAGCUCGGCGCAUAUCGAUAGAGCACAUCAGCUAGCACAGGACUUCAACAGUAAACAGGAUGAUACAGCACUAACUUCACUGCCCCACAAGAACCCUGACAUAUUCAGGUUUGAGAAUAAUAUUACUGCACAUAGCUCACGUCGCGGUUCUCUGUAUAGGGACAGCGAUGCUACUGUAAUUCUGCCCCUCUCAGAGCAUACCCCUAGAAUGUCGAUGGAUGAUCCAUACCGCCAAUUAUUGCAACAGGCGGAAAUCUCACAGCUACGAAGCAAGAAAAGAAGAACUUCGAGUCGAACUCUGCGAGCUUCGUUUAUAUCUUUUGUGGUCUUGGUUUCAUCUCUUUCGGGGCUAGACCAGGGUCUCAUAUCCGGUAACGUCAUGACAUUAUCAUUCCAAAAGUAUUUUCACUACCCAUUGACUUCUUCGUUAGGUAAUAUUGUUAGCGUUGUUAACCUAGGCGCCUUCAUGGCGUCUCUGUUUGUUUAUUCUGGCGUCCUGGAGACUUAUAGCAGGAAAAAAUUACUGCAGAUCGGUACAAUGAUUUACUCUCUGGGUGCCCUCAUUCAGGUUUCUGCUUUAAAUCAGUGGUGUUUACUGCUGGGUAGAUUCAUACUUGGAGUCGGUGUGGGGAUUUCCUUUGCCAUGGUAAUAAUCUAUCAAUUCGAGUUUCCCCUCCCAUAUAUAAGAAGGCGGACAUUCAUUUUGAUCCAGUGCGUUUCUAGUGUCGUUGCGUAUUCCUUUGGAAUUUGGAUCAAUUGUUCUUUUAGAUAUCUGAGCUUUGCAUGGAGAUACCCUUUAUCAACCCAUGUUUUCCUGGGAAUUACGCUAAACCUAAUGUCGUUUUACCUGAUUUUAGAAUCUCCCUCCUGGUUCCUGAAACAAAAAAAGGAUGUGGAAGCGCUGGCUUCUCUAUUAAAUAUAUUCGACGAUGGUAACUUUGAAGAGAAUCAAAUUCAGUUGAAGUUUAGAACUCUCAAAAGAAACAUGCUUUUGAAAUCACACCUCCAAAAAAACAGCUACCCAUAUGCAUAUAUUUUCAAAGACUUUUCUUCAAUAAUAAAACUGCUAAUAGGUUUCCAAUUGUUCACAAGAUUGAACGGUGUUGAUGCCUUCCUAUACUACUCGCCGCUAAUCCUGCAGCAAAUGGGAAGAGGUGAACUGAAGUCUAUCUACUUAACGGGACUCAAUGCUUUAAUAUAUACUGUCGUAACAUUUGCGUUUUUCCCCAUGGUACUACGAAGACGUAAGGAGAGAAUGAAUCUACUAUUAGGUUCAGCUGUUAUGUGUGUAUUGCUAUUCAUCAUAUCUUUUACGGACUGGUUUCCCAAGGGCACAACAAGAUAUAUAUCAACAUUAUUCGCGAUAUUUCUUUUUACACACUUUAUUACUUGGGAUUCUAUUGGGUGGUUCAUGACCAUUGAGCUUUUACCGCACUUAUCACAGGCUCCAGUUAUAUUGUUAAUCUCAAACUUUUAUUGGUUUUUCAAGUGGUUCGCCAGUUUAAUAACACCUAUACUUAUCGACCGUCUUUCUUGGAAGUUCUACCUUAUUCCGUCUUUAUCAUCAUUCCUAUCCAUAAUAUUCACGUUAAAAAUUUUCCCUAUAGAGACUGAUGAACAGAGACUAGAUUCUGAUGAGGAUUCUGCUGGAAACGACAGUGUCAACCAUAGUGAUGUUUUUGGCGAUACUGACUCUGAAUUCUCAUCUUCACCAUCUUUUUCUGCAUACCAGAUAAAUACUCUGGGUAGCAGCACUAAACAAAACAAUCAAGCAUAUUCCUCGAUCGAAAACAAUCAAAUUUUACCCAAGGAUGGCGGCGUAUCGAGUCAAACACAUGAUCCUCCACAGAAUGUUUAUUUCAUCACAUCCGAUUCAGGGCCUUCAAGGACGGGUGAAUUUUUCAGUUUCCAUAAUAGAUCCGAUCCAAAUAUCAAUGACGGUACUGUCAUUGAUAAACCGGGCACAAGCAAGGGACAAAAUUCACCCAGAAACAUGGUGGGUGCCUAG